CUUAAACGACCACUUCCUACGCGCAGCGACUAGCACUUGUUUCAUUUGCUGAAUGAUCGUCGUUUGUUUAACAAAUGCGCACUCCAUGCCUACGUUGAUUUUCAACAACAAAACCAGUGGUAGUUUUUCGAAAAAAAAUGUGAACAUAUCUAGUGAAGCUUUUCAGUGAGUGAUUUUUGGUCAAUUGUGCGAAAAUUUGGAUUUAUUUAGUUUUGUUUGAAGGAUUUUUCGAUACCUAAAAAUGAACAAGAAGGAGCCAUUCUGCAGAGCCAACAGCAUAUGUCCAACCCCACAAAGCAUUCUACUGAACUUUGUUAGAACAAACGAUAUCAGAAACCUAAAAAGAUUAGUAUCCACUAAUCCAACUUUAUUAAAUUAUGUUUAUAAAACAGAUUUAAAUAAACCCAUACUUUUAAUUGCUUGCACUGAAACUGGUAUCAAACCUGAUACUGUAGAAGCUUUAAUUGAUUUGGGAGCUGAUUUAAACUAUGCCAGUCCAUAUGAUGAAGACUGGGAGGCCAUACAUUUUGCAGCAAGCUACACAAACAGCCACAUAUUAAAAGUCCUCUUGAAUAAAUCGCCUUUUAAAGUCAACUCCUUGGCAAAAGGCAACAACGCUUUGCACAUACUUGUAAAACAUGGCAACCAUGAUUUGGAUGAAUUUUUGAAAUGUGCUGAAUUAUUGGUUAACUCUGGUAUAGAUGUCAAUCAAGGUGAUGAAAAAAAUGUGUCUGCUAUUUUUUGGGCAGCUAAAAAAGAUUAUGCAGAUUUUAUCAAGCUUCUUCUGGAUGAUAACUUGUUGAAUGUAGACUUGGACUCUCACAAAUUGAGAGGUAAGAAUGCUAGAAGUCUUAUAGAAGAGAAAUCGUUAUAUACCGGAACACUUCCUCCAGAGUUCAACACCAACAACUAUGACUAUGGCAGAAUACUUUUUGCUUACUUGAAAUCGAAUAACGAAACUGCUUUCAUCAACUUUAAAAAUGGUGAAAUUAUACAAAUGAGCAAUCUGGACGACUCAUACAACACCUUACUACAAUUAUCAUGUGAAAAAGGUCUAAAUGAAGCCGUCCAACAUCUCUUAAAUAAAGGCGCUGAUCCAAACCUACGUACAGAAAAAAACAGCAAAUAUCCCAUUGAAAUAGCAUCAGAGCAAGGCUUCUACGAGAUCGUGCAACAAUUAUUGGACCACCCACAAAUAACACUACCGAAAAAAUUGAUCAUUUACCUCCUUAAGAACAUCGACAACGAAAAAUUCCCCCACAAAGACCACGAGAGGUGUUACGAAAUCCUCCUAAGUAAGCUUAACGUCAACAACAACCUCGCAGAUGUGAAUUUCGCUGAUGAGUAUGGUAAUACAGCCCUACAUUACUCUGUACGGUAUGCUGAAGCUGAAAAAACACAGGAGUUAUUAAAAUUAAAUGCCUCUCUUGCCUCCAAAAACAUCUACAACACAAUGCCAAUAGAAAGCAUUGAGCCAGAGCUUUUAGAAAAACAUUUGAAUGAUUGCAUCGAGUUCAACACCAAAUCAAAGACCAUAGAGAAGGAAGACUUUCCUGUCACCUUCAACUAUAGAAGCAUUAUACCACCAAUACCCAAGAAAGAUGUCUGUGUUGCUGAUUAUGACCCUGAGUUGAAAUAUAAGGCGUUUUCUGAAGAAUUGGUAAAGGAAACUGAGGUUGUUUUUUAUAUGUCACAUGCUCCUGAGUUUAGGCAUCUCUUGAAACAUCCUGUGAUUGUAAGCUUCCUAUUUAUGAAGUGGCAUAGAAUCAGAUGGUUGUUCUUUGUUAAUUUACUGUUUUACAUAAUGUUUUUCACCUCUUUGUUGCUCUAUAUUAUAUACUCAUUCGCCAAUUUCAACGAAGAAGAGAACACCCCCUUUCUUAACUUUGUAGUGUAUCUAUCACAUUUAAUCUUUGCCAUAACGUUCUUCAUUCUUGUUUUAAGAGAGUUGUUUCAAAUUAUUGUAUCCCCCAAAAAAUACUUAAUGAGUUUUGAAAAUUACAUCGAAAUAGUGCUUAUUUUUAUCACUGGUUGCAUCCUAUGCUCACCAAAUGCUGAUACUGACUACAGAAAACAAUUAUCUUCAACUGCAAUACUAUUAUCCGCUUUUGAGUUGGUUUUAAUGGUAGGCCAACAUCCUAAGUUAUCGACAAACGUUGUGAUGCUUAAAACAGUUUCGUUUAACUUUUUCAAGUUCUUACUGUGGUACUCAUUGCUGAUUAUUGCAUUUGCAUUUAGUUUCUUCAUAUUAUUCACAAAUCCGACAAGUGAACAACCAAAAAAUUCUACUGAUACCGAAGAUGAAGAUAUGUUUACAGGCCCAGGCAAAUCAUUAUUUAAAACUAUUAUAAUGUUGACUGGUGAAUUUGAUGCUGGGUCUAUAAAUUUCCAACAUUUCCCCAUACUCAGCAAGUUUAUAUUUGCCUUAUUUAUAUUCAUGAUAGCCAUAAUACUUCUAAAUCUUCUUAACGGUUUAGCAGUAUCUGACACCCAAAUUAUCAAAAACGAUGCCGAGUUGGUGGGCCACAUAGCAAGAGCUCAGCAUAUACACUAUGUUGAAAGUAUGUUACUUGGAAACAUAUUCCCAGAAAAAUUCGUUAAUUUCUUACAAAAUUGUUGCUGCUGUAUUCCUAAUUGCGAGCUUAUAGUUGCUAGACCACUAGCUAAAAGAUCCUGUUUGUUCCCACAUUAUUUACCAUAUGAGAUGACUGUAUACCCGAAUAAACAGGGUGAGGUUGUCAUGCCAAAAACUGUCAGAAACAGGAGGUUUUUAUUCAGUUCUUGUGCCUCAUGUCAUAAGAUUUAUCUGGAUAAAGAAACGGUGAGAAGAACGAAUAGUAUAAUACAAGAAAAGAGGGAUAAAUUAAAGGUAAAGAAAGAAUGCAAUCAAUUGGAUAAAAGGAUUGAAUUCUUGUUAAAAAUCCAACAAGAAAAUAAAGAAAAACUGGACUUAAUUAUAGAAAAUUUCUUAAGUGAUAAAUAUGUAUAAUAUAUUUUAUGUAUAAUAAAAACAAUUUUUAUAAUUUUAA